AUGUACGACGUGACGACGAAGCCGCUCGUCGCGCAGCUCUUCGACGGCUACAACGCGACGGUGCUCGCGUACGGGCAGACGGGCAGCGGGAAGACGUACACGAUGGGCACGGCCUUCGGGGACGAGCCCGACGGCGUCGUGCCGCGCGCCGUCGUCGACAUCAUGGCGCGGCGCGCGGCGCUGCUCGCGGCCGGCGACCGCGACUGCGGCGUCGUGCUGAGCCUCUGCGAGGUCUACAACGAGGAGGUCCGGGACCUGCUCGCGGACCGGGGCGGCGGCGCGCUCAAGGUCCAGGACGCGGCCGAGGGCGGCGGCGUGCGCAUCGCGGGCCUGAGCGAGCGCGUCGUCGAGAGCGCCGACGCCGUCUACGCGCUGACCCGCGACGGCAUGCGGCGCCGCGCGACGGGCUCGACGAACAUGAACGAGCACUCGUCGCGGAGCCACAUGAUCCUGAGCUUCCGGGUCGAGGUCGGCGCGUCGGCCGACGGCGCGUCGUCGAAGACGUGCUCCAAGCUCCACCUCGUCGACCUCGCGGGCAGCGAGCGCGCGAAGCGCACGGGCGCGACGGGCGACCGGCUCCGCGAGGGCAUCCAGAUCAACUCGAGCCUGCUCGCGCUGGGCAACGUCAUCGCGCGGCUCGUCGAGCUCCAGGGCAAAGGCGGCGGCGGCCGCGACGGCCACGUGCCCUACCGCGACAGCGCGCUCACGCGGCUCCUGAGCGACUCGCUCGGCGGCACCGCGCACACGACGAUGAUCGCCCUGAACACGCUGCGCUGGGCCGACCGCGCGACGCUCGUGAAGAACGUCGCGGGCAUCCACGUCGUCGUCGACCCCAAGGCCGAGCGGCUGCGCGCCGCGGAGCGCGCGGAGCUCGAGGCGCUGCGCGCCGAGGCGCGGCUCCUGCGGGCCCGGGCGGAGGUUUCGGCGCGCGCGGGCCCGGCGGCCGCCGACGAGGCCGCGGUCGCCGUCGAGCGCGAGAAGCUCGCGGCGAUCCUCAAGGUCCACGAGCGCGACCAGAAGCGGUGGCGCCGCGAGCGGUCCGAGUUCCAGCGGACCAUCGGCGAGCUCGGCAAGAAGAACGCGGCCCUGGACCGGCGCUGCGGCGUGCUGCGGCUCGCCAUCCCGCCCGAGGCGCGCGAGGCCGCGGAGGCGGCGCUCCCCGUCGACGACGACGUCGCGCUCGUCCUCGCGGAGGACGAGGCGCGGCGCGCGACGGGCGAGCACCUGCCGCUCGACGACGAGGGCCACGUGCUCCAGGCAGCGCGGCGCCCGCCGGACAGCGACGAGUCCGACGGCGAGUCCGACGACGACGACGACGAGCUCGAGCAGGAGCGCAAGCUCGCGACGCUCGCGCUCGAGGAGAAGUGCAUGGACAGCCUCAAGCAGCACUACGAACGGGCCAUCGAGAAGCUCGAGGCCGAGGUCGCGGCCCUCGAAAUCGAGCGCCGCGACCUCGCGGAGCGGACGCGGUCGACGGAGUCCGAGGCCGCGACGCGCGUGCUCCGCGAGAAGGCGCGCAAGCUCGAGCUCCACAUCGCGCGGCUCCGCGGCGAGGCCAGGAAGGCCACGGGCGAGGUCCAGCGCUGCGCGCAGCUCAAGGACCGCGCGGAGCGCGACGCGCGCGCGCUCCGCGCGGAGGUCGAGGAGGCCCGGAAACGCCGCGGCGAGCUCCAGCGCCGGCUCCAGCGCAAGGACGCGGACCACGCCAAGGAGUCGCGGUCCUGGAAGCGCGAGGCGAAGCGCCUCCAGCGCGACAACGACCGCGUCAAGGGCGAGAAGACGAAGCUCGUCCAGCGCUUCGCGCGCCAGGAGCAGACGCAGGCGCGCCAGCUCGCGGAGGCGCGCGCCGCGCUGCGCCGCGCGCGGCAGAACGCGACCAUCGCCUACAGCGCCGCGGCGAAGCCGACCCAGGCCAAGCGGUCGCGGUCGCCGGGGCCCGGCGCGUCGCGGCCCCGCGCGGGCAAGGCGCUCGUCCCCGAGGACCCCGACGCGAUGCCCGCGUGGCUCGAGGUCGAGCUCGAGCGCCGCGCGGACCGCGCGCGCGGCGGCGACGCCCCGGACGACGCCCGGCGGCCGUCGACGGACGGCUUCGCCCACGUCGACACCCUCGAGGACGCCGUGGCCGUGCUCGACCGCCUCGCGGACGAGGCCGCGCGCGCGCGCGCGGCCGAGCGCGACGCGCGGUCCGCCGUCGCGGAGCGCAGGGCCCAGGACAAGGCCGCCCACCGGUCCUGGCUCAACGGCGAGCGCGUCAAGUACAAGCAGCGCCAGACGCUCGAGAAGCAGCGCCAGUCCGAGACGCUCAACGCGCUCAUGGCCGGCGUGCACUCCAUCGUCGGCGAGGCCUUCUCGCCGCGGUCGGAGCCCGCGGCCGACGACGUCGCCGCGGCGGCGCCGCCGCCGCCGCCGCCGCCGCCGCCGCCGCGGCCCGUCGUCGUCGUCGCGGGCGACGGCGACGACGCGCCGCCCAAGGCCGUCGUCGCCAUCGGCGCGAACCACCCGCACCCGCUGCCGCCGCCGGACGGCUCGCCGCCCCUGUCCCUGGCCCAGCGCGAGUACGAGAGCCGCCGCGCGCGCCAGCGCAACGCCGUGCCCGAGCUCCUCGCCGCGGCGGCGCCGCCGCCGGCGCCGCCGCGGCCGCCCGGCGACGCCGCGGGCCUCGACGACCUCGACCUCAAGAUGGGCGACCUCAUGACCGUCGUCGCCGCCGUGCGCCGCGACCGGGGCCUCCCGCCGCCGGACGCGGGGCCGCCGGGCGACCCGCGCGCGCUCCGGGACGUCGUCGAGCGCAACUACGCGAAGCCGUGGCAGGUCAACGCGCAAUUGGCGCCGCGCGCGGCCGCGGCAAACGACGCCGACGCCGAGCGCAAGCGCGGCGACUACGACCGGCCCUGGCGCGUCGCCGCGCCCCGGGCCCCCGCGGCCGCCGACGCGCCGCCCGCGCCGCCCGCGGCCGCCAAGGCCGACCAGCCGCCGCCGCCGCCGGGCUCGCGCUUCUCCGACGUCGAGAUCGCCGAGGAGAUCGCGGCCCGCGAGGCCAUCGGCGCGUCGACGAAGAGCUGCCGCGCGUCCCUCGACGGCGAGUACGACGCCAACGACGAGAACCGCACGCCGCAGAUCCCCUCCUAG